AUGGUAUUAACAAAGAGGUAUGAAUAUUCCCCCCUAGAGGAAAUAUUUUUUGCAAAACCUAUUGAAAAUUCUCAGUAUUAUGAAGAUAUUGAGGAGGAAAAGAAUAAAAAAGAUAAGAAUAAUAAGAAUAAUAAGAAUAAUAAGAAUAAUAAGAAGUACAUUAUGGAUAUAAACAGAAUAAAGGAUAACAUAUUACAGUAUGACUCGUCCUUAGACCGAUGUCAAAAGAAGAAAGAUUAUUACCUAAGUACAAAAAAUACAAACAAUAUUCAAAACUAUUAUUUCUUCUAUGACUAUCGCAAGUGUAUUUACAACAUCGAUGGGAAAAUGUACAUGGACAGGAACCCAGUCAGAAUAUUAAAUGACAAUAACAAGCGCGACGAUAGACUAAACGAAGCUGUUCGUGUGCAGAACUACAACUCCUUUGUGUAUGCAUAUAAUAUAUAA